AUGUGUACGUGUACAGCUGUACACGUACACGACUACACGUACCUUCGUUCGUACGAAGUACGUGCACAUGUCACCCUCCCCCUCGGCUUUGGAGGCCAAGGCAUCACCGACAUCUGCGAGAUCGCCGACAACGCGCUCGCCGCGAACUGGCACUACACCUCGUCCUACCUCGCGAGCCGCGUCCCGGCGCUCGCGCGCAUCGCCGCGCCCUCCGAGGACGGCAACGGCCCGAUGAACGACAUGAUCGAGCCCGUCUGGGACCGUGUUCGCGCCCGCGGCGCUGAAGGAGACAAGCGGCGCGAACGCGACAUCCUCCCUGAGUUUGCUGACUCAGCCGCCGCACCGUGCACCGCGAAAGGCCUCCAGCACCUCCUCUCCCAGAUGUGCUACGCGCGCAAGUUCGAGCAAAUGAAGGCCUCCGCCGUGAGCCUCAGCGAAGACCACUCCGCGGACCCACACGCCCGCGAGUUCGCUGCCCAGGUCGCGGUAACCAUGAACUCGCAUCGGGGUGAAGGAGCGUUGUUGAUAUGCGAGUUCAAAACUCAGGCUUUCAUGUUACGAUCACCAUUUUCUAGGUAUAUUAUAGUGAGAACGAAGGAGUGUUGUUGA